UGCGGGUCAGCGCUGUGCCGGCAGUGCUGUGCGGAGCAGGAGCAGCGCUGUGCGCGGCGGGGGCUGCGCCGGGUGCGCCGUGCGGGCGGGCCGGAGGAGGGAGGGGAAAGCGGGCGCAGCCCCCUCCCCUGCCCGCCUUCCCUCCCCUCGCCGGCGGCGUGGAGCGGAGGGGCGUGGAGCGGCCGCCCGUGCGGGCAGGGCAGGGCAGGGCGGCGGUGAGUCCCCGCGGCGCGGCCAGCUGAGCUCCGCCAGCCGGGAUGCGGGGGGAGCCCGCGGCGCUGCGCCAGACACUGAGACGACCUGUGAAGAAGCUCCAUGAAGGUGACCAGCCAUGCAAUGUUCCUGGAAGGCUGUCCUCCUACUAGCCUUGGCAUCCAUUGCGAUCCAGUACACAGCAAUCCGCACCUUCACCUCCAAGUCCUUCCACAGCUGCCCCAUCCCCAACCCUGUGAACUGCAGCCUGAGCCAGGACACUGAUGCGGGUGACAGGCUGUGUGACGAGAGCCCCACCUUCUCGUAUAACCUUUCCAGGAAGACACACGUCCUCAUCCUCGCCACCACCCGCAGUGGCUCUUCAUUUGUUGGGCAGCUGUUUAACCAGCACUUUGAUGUCUUCUAUUUAUUUGAGCCCCUCUACCAUGUCCAGUACACCCUGAUCCCAAAGCUGACCCAGAGCAAGAGUAUGACGGACAGGCGGGUCAUGCUGGGGGCCAGCCGAGACCUGCUGAGGAGCCUGUACGAUUGCGACCUCUACUUCCUGGAGAACUACAUCAAACCCCAGCCUGUCAACCACACCACUGACCGCCUGUUCCGCAGGGGAGCCAGCAAGGCCCUGUGCUCGCCGCCUGUCUGCGAGUCCCUGGGAGCUGUCGAUCUCCACCUGGAGGAGGGAGACUGUGUGAAGAAGUGUGGUACCUUGAACCUGACACUGGCCACCGAAUCCUGCAGAGAGCACGGGCAUGUGGCCAUCAAAACAGUGCGGGUACCCGAGGUCAACGACCUCCGGGCCUUGGUAGAGGACCCACGGCUGAACUUGAAGGUUAUCCAGCUGGUGAGGGAUCCCCGGGGUAUCCUGGCAUCCCGGAGUGAGACUUUCCGGGACACCUACCGUCUGUGGAGGAUCUGGGACGGCACUGGCAGGAAGCCGUACAACCUGGAUGUGACCCAGCUCACCACAGUGUGUGAGGACUUUUGGAACUCUGUGUCCACUGGCCUCAACCGGCCACCGUGGCUGAAGGGCAAGUACAUGCUGGUGCGGUACGAAGACCUGGCCAGGAACCCCAUGAAAAAGACUGAGGAGAUCUAUGACUUCCUGGGCAUCCCCAUGGACAGCAACGUCGAGCGCUGGAUACAGAACAACACUAGAGGAGACAGGUCCUCCUCCAAACACAAGUACGGGACGGUGCGUAACUCAGCGGCGACAGCAGAGAAGUGGCGGUUCCGGCUGUCCUACGAGAUCGUGGCGUUCACCCAGCACGCCUGCCAGCAGGUGCUGGCACAGCUCGGUUACAAAACUGCCAGCUCUGAGGAGGAGCUGAAGAACCUCUCCAUCAGCUUGGUGGAGGAGAGAGACUUCCUGCCCUUCUCCUAAGGCAGCCCUGGGGAGGCCUGGUUUUGAUAUGGAUUGUUUCUAACUGUUGCCUUAUUUUAUUUUGUUUUGUUCCCUCCCCCUCUUUUUCUCUCUUGUCUUUUUCUCUUCAAAAUUUGCACUAAACCUUGAGCGGGAAUCUCAACAGAGUCCAGGCAAAGUGAUUGCUGCCCCUCAACACGUUUUGGACCCAAGAGGAGUCAGGUCUCUCCAAGGAAGAGCUAGAACUGUGGAUGGGUAACAAUGUUUACAAAACACACAAAAUGUAUAAAGCGACCUUCAAGCUUUCCAAACCGAAGGGUACCUGGGGUACUGCACUUUUGCACUGUUUACUUUUACAAUGUAAGAGGUAAAUAUAAUUUAUGAAUGAUGACCUCCCCUCCAGAAUAAGUCCCCUUGCCCCCGAUGAGUAGGACUGGAAGUUGGACAUGGAACAACCUUCUUGUUUUUGAUCUUGGUGCGACAUGUCUGUCCGUUUAAGUCCUGUUAUUGGGCUGGGCAGCUAGUUAGCUGCUCCUACAUGGUUGUUUGGUAACACCUGUGAUAUUUCUUUGUGCCAAAAACCCACAAAAGAAAAAAAAGGGAAAAAAAAGGUGGUUGGGUGUUUUGGUAAAAGCCCAACACAUUUAAUGCUUUAUUUCUGUGUUUUCUGUAAAUAAAAGUGCAAUAAAACUGAUCUGGGGGUGAACUUCCAACUUAAAGACCUCAGUGACUAAACUGAGGUGGGUGUACCAAUAAGCAAAGAGCAGCUCGUGAUCUGCCCAGCUCCUACGAGGCUGGGAGCAGGUAGGGGCAAAGCUGGGGGGAGCUGCACCACAGCCCCCCGGGGUGGCAAGGAACUGCAGGCACCUCCUGGCAUAUGCAUGUUUGCAUGUAUGUAAAAAUGCAAGCAGUUAAGCCAAAAGCGAGAACCUGUAGUUCUUUACAGGCCCAAGAGCUUGUUGGCCUAAAUGGGGGCAUGGGUUUUGACAAAGUGCGUGGCUGCAGAGUGCUCACGGCACCAGGAAGGUGAGCCUGGGCCCAUAAGUCUGCUGCUUGGUUCCCCCGCCCUCUGGUGC